CAAGCACGCAAGCCCCUUCACUCUUACUACACUCUACACAAUUUGAACAACUCUUUUCAACCAUACAACUCUAUCAACAUGCCUACUGAAGCUCAGAUCGCUGGUGGCCACAAGGCGGCUAUCAACAACCCCAACGUCCCGGAGGAGACCAAGGAGAACUCGAAGCGAAUUCUCGAGGAGCAGUUCAACGGCGGCGAUGUCCCCAAGUCUGGCGACAACGAAAACAAGAACCCCAACAAUGUUGCUGGCGGUCUCAAGGCCACCCUCAACAACCCCAACGUCUCGGAGGAGGCCAAGAAGAGUGCGAAAGAACGCCUCGACAACAUGUAAAUGCCUUGUCGUCA